AUGCCCACCUGCAUCUUGGCAGCUGCUGGCGAGUGGGUGCGUCGUGGCAGAAUCGGACGACUGGGAUGCCAGAAUUGCCGUGCAUUUGCCCUCAUCCCCCAUCACCAGCUUUCACAUGCGCCCAUCUGCUGUGCCGUGUCUGCUUCUGGCAAGCCGACGUCGGCCUCGUCUCUUGCGUUCCCUGCAGUUGACCUACCUAAGACACCCCCAGUCACUUCCCGAACACGGUUUGCGUCGGUUUCGCAUCGUAUCGCCGGUCGGUGUCGAAGCUCAGCAACGCACAAGAUGGUUUGGGAUAUAUUUCUUCCACUAUAUUCAUCUUGGUUUCGCGGUUGCUAG